AUAGAAUAAUUUAGAAGCUGUAAACUAAAGUAGAAGAUACACUCUAAGAUGUAUAAAAGUGUUUAAGAGUAGUUAGAUGAGGCCUAUUUAGAUACAUAUAAAAGAUGUAUAGAUGUUAAGAAAAUCCCAGAUACUAAUUAAAAUUAUAUGUUUACAGGUACAGAUCAUGGUAUUAAAGAUAAGACUGAUAAUACCAAGAUUAAAAUAACGAGUAACGAAAAGAUGUUAAUGCUUGGCAAUAAGGAUUUAGAAGACAUGAAGAGGUUGAUGUUGGAUUCAAAUAAGCAGACUAAAGAGAUGUCAGCAUCAAUUGGAAGAGCAGCUCGAAAGCUCGAGGAAGUUUCUGACGCGAUGUUAGAUGCCUUAAAGGUGAUGACAAAAGGGUACAGAGCAGAGUUAGAUCGGGAAAAGACUAAAGCAGAUGCAGCUAAGUUAGAAGCAGAGAAGAAGACCAGCGACGUAGAAGACAAAAUCAAAGCACAGAUAGCGAAAUUUGAUGGCAAGAAGAAUUGCUUUCGAUGUGCUAAGCCUGGACACAGAAUUGAAGAGUGUUCAUCACCAAAAGAUGUGUGGUUCUGCUACUACUGUCAGGAGAUAAGAUCUCACAAGGGUUCGGAGUGUAAGGACGGCAGACUUAAAAGUAAGGUUAUAAAUAAUAAUAAUAUCAAAUCUAGAGGUAAAUUAGAUAGACAGGGAAUUAAUUGAGUUAGAAAUAAU